UAUGUCAUCUAUAGCAUUUGAUAGGUUAGUGUCUUUUCAAAGGCAAUUUUAAGUGAUAUCUUUCUUUGUGAAAUAAUAUCUCAUGUUAUAUAAUGUUAUGGUAAUAUCAUGCCAGUGUGUGCAUAUUUAAAAAGAGGACAUUUAAUUCAGUCAUCAUUUUAAAAAGUAAAAAAAUUACUUUGUGUUAUAAAAAAAAAAAAAACUUUAAAGGGCACUGUGUUAUCGUGAUAAUCUUGCACAAGUACCUCAACUAUUAAAGAUGGCUCAGGCGAGACUUUCUCCAAAUCUCCCCAGCUUCUUUCUAAUCAUGCCAAGUAGGGCAUGGCAGUAUCACUUCUUUUUUCUCAGGCAUGCAAACAUAGAACAUUCACUUGUUUGUGGUCUGUUUUGCUUCUGCAUUAGACUAGGUGAAGGGAAGUGAAGCUGACACUCUAUCACGGCACCCCAGACCUGCAGCAUCAACAUGAGCUACGAUAAACACAUCCUGUGGGUCUGCACCGCUGCUCUGGUCACUGGUUGGGUCCUCACAAAUGAUGACGGACAUUGUUCUGGGACUGUCAUGAGGCACUCAUGCAACUGGACUUGUAUGCAUCUCACUCUUCAAUGGCCUGGGAGUUUCUGUAUUGGCAUUAACAACAAAACCAUCUGCAAAAUACCACAGACGGUUCAAUACUGGACCAUCCAUGGCCUAUGGCCUAUACGUACUGGUCACUGCUGUGACUGCUGGCUGAUAUACCAUUCCCAUCUUGAGGAAAUUGAGCCUGAUCUCACGAAACUGUGGCCAUCUUUUAUAAAAGGAAAGCACUUCUUCUACUUCUGGAAGGAUGAAUGGGUUAAACACGGGACGUGUGCAGGCUGUGUGGAGACCAUGGGUUCACCGCUUCUUUAUUUCCAGACCGCUGUCAAGCUUCGGAAACUCUAUGACAUUGAUAAUAUCUUGGAAAAAUCUAGAAUCAAAACCUCAUGCGAAGUGUCAUAUAAGCUUGACGACAUACGUGGCGUUUUGACCCCGCUGCUUGGAGAAAACUAUGAUUUGCAAUGUGUGACGGACAGCGAGGGCCGUGAAGCGUUGAUCCAGCUGAAGAUCCAUCUCUCCAGGAACCAAACCCUUGGAUGCCCCAAACAAGAACAAGAGCAAAAGUUUGAUCUGUUAGCGUGGUCUAACAGCACAGGACAUCCCUGUCCGAAGAACAGCACUGUCUUUUAUGUUCCAAUUAACUACGAAAAUCCUCAUGAACCCUGCAAUUAAGAGAAGCUGAAGCUUUCACUGUUUUCAUGUUUGACUGUCCUUUUCCAGUCCUCAGAUCGAAUGCAUUUGAAUAAAAAUGUUACAUAAUUCCUAAAUAUUAAA